GGCUGGGUGAGCGGAGGGCCGGGAGUUGAGGGGCGGCCGGUGUGAAAUGUCACGUGGUUUUGAUGCGCCCGGGUUCCAGGUCGCUUGUCCUCCGCACCGUCCCAGCGCCGCGGCGGGCCGGGCGUCCUCGCUCAGUCCCGGAGCGACGCUGCGCGGAGCGGUCGAGCACCCGAGAUGUGGAAGCUAAGCCGAAAUCGAGUGCUUCUGGACGAGCCCCCCGAGGAAGAGGACGUGCUGCGAGGGGCACCGCCGGCAUCGGCAGCCGCCCCGGCGCCGGUGAGGGCACGCGUGGGGGCGCAGGGAGCAAGCCUCCGAGGUUGGAAAGAAGCGACUUCUCUGUCUAAUAAAGAUGACGAAGAGCAUCUGCUUGAGACUUCCAGAUCUCCCAAGUCCAAAGGAACUAACCUAAGACUGAAAGAAGAGUUGAAGGCGGAGAAGAAAUCAGGAUUUUGGGACGCCUUGGUUUUGAAACAGAAUGUUCAGCCUAAAAAACCAGAUCAGAUCGAAGGUUGGGAGCCUCCCAGACUUACCGCUGAAGACGUGGCCGCUGACCAUACCGAGGAUGGUAUAAGUGGCUGCCCACCCUGGUCUGCCUGGGAGGACGAUACCAAGGGCUCUACCAAGUACACGAGCCUCACCAACUCAGCCAGCAGCUCCCGCUGGAGCCUCCGGUCAGCGGGGAAGCUGGUCAGCAUCAGGCGACAGAGCAAAGGCCACCUGACAGAGACCUGUGAGGAAGUAGAAUGAACUGAAGGAGCUUCAUGGGGACAUCACAUUGCUUUAUGGUUGGCCAAGCCCACUGGCCUCCUACUAGUGCACCAUUAAUUCUUGAGCCCUCUCAUAGCCCAGGGAAGGAACCCACUGGGUUGCUAGUGUUUUGUGCUCAGUGACCCACACACACCAUGGCUUCCCAGUGACAUCUGGUUGCCUCGCUGCAGAAACAUCCACCCACUGGGUGCAUGUAUGCUGAACAGAUGUAUGCAUUGUAGACACUGUCCUGUGAGCCAUCUCCUCUAAGGUUCAUGCCACCCUCAGUCACUUGAGUUUUUAGGAUGUCCCCAUCUUGUCUCUGCAUGCGACAUGAGUGCUGCGGCUAACUGAACAUGGCCUCUGUGGCGCCCCCUCCCUUUGUCAGAAUACAAGACGUGUCUUCCAAAGGUUACAGUAAUUCAGUUUAACAAUAGAUUCAUUUUCCCUUUUAAGUUAAAAACAAAGCAAAAUCUAGAUGCUGGAAGCAACUGAAGGUGGUUUGAGGUAGGGUGUCAGGACAUCUUGAGGGGCACACCUGCUGAGGAGGAGUGGCCUGCAAUGUGGGCCUGGGUGGCAACUAGUUCUUUUAUGGAAUUUUAUUUUUACUUUUGAACGUUUAAAUACAGAUCUUUAUUUUCUUCAAAUAAAUGUUGAUUUUUAAACUUAAAGAUGGAAGAAGUACUAGGAAUAAAUUUUAGUCACCCAGUAAUCUUAAUCUUUGCUCAGAAAACACUAACUUGCUCACUGUAGAGUUAUACUGUAGAUAAAACACUGAAGUGCCUCGUUUCUAUUCUUCUCAGAUGUUUAGUUUUUCAAAAUGAGAAACUUUUAUGAUUGAUGUUAAAUCUAUAAGAAGUUUAUUUCCCUAGCUCUGCCUGUCUCACUGCUGACUGUCUCACUGCUGACUGUCUCACUGCUGCCUGUCUCACUGCUGCCUGUCUCACUGCUGCCUGUCUCACUGCUGACACGGCUGUGCUCCCGUGUAUUGGCAGGGUUGCGCUCUCUGUAGAUGUUCAGGUGGUGCGAGUGUUUGUCUUGUUUUCUAGUUACAGUGCUUGGACAGGGGAGCUGUGUCUCUCUUUGUUUUGGUUAAGAAUUCAAAGCCUCCAGUCACACAGUCUCCACAGUGUAAGCACCGUGCUUUGUGUACCCGGGUGUUCCACACAACGUUCUGUGGCACAGCUGAGUGGAUCUACCUGUCCACAGCUACCCGUCUAUCCGCCACCCAGCUUGCCAGCCACCAUUACCUAUCACCUGUCCACUCACCAGUCUGUCCACCCAUAAACCAAGCUGUUAAUCUUUUAAAAAUAGAACAAUAAGUUUACUUAAUGAGCUGUGAGGGGAGGAGUCAAAUAAAAAAUUGUUAACACCUAGAAGUUGUGAAAUUAUGGAGAUUUUGAUUCAUAAUGCAAAGUAUGUCAUUUUUACUAUAACAUGUGAGUGAAAAUCUUUAAGUAUCCUCAGGUAAAUGGUUGAGUGCAUGAGCUCUGACUCUCUUGUCUUCAAAACGAGGUAACUGCAGGAUAGGACGGAAGAGCAGGCUCAUGCUGCCGCCCACAGCAGGACCCCACUGGUGUGUCUGGCUAACCACCCGUGGCAUGGGAAUGCAAACCCAGCCUUGAGAAUGUAGGCAGCGAGCUCUUGGACACACAGCCUCUGUGUUCACUGGACCUGUGCUGAGUGCUAAGUGCCUGGAGCUCACUGCGCCCGUGUGCCUGAGGUGCAGUGUUGCGUGUUGACACGGGGACCUUUACCCGGUCUCCUCCUUCGGGAGGUGAAGAUGCACUGUAAACCACAAAGAUGAAUUACAAGUGAUCUUUUUUCUUCUGUGGUAUCAAAUUAAAUUAUCUUGUGUUGGA